GAUAUAUGAUGAAUGAACACGAUUCAAAGAUUUGUAAGAUUCUCACAAAAAGGAAGGGAGGAUCCUCAUUCAAUAUUUUAAUAUAUAGCCACCCCCUCAAUGCACGGAUAUCCACAAGAGUCGACAGGGCUUUGUGCGACAUACUCAAAAGCCAGCCGUCUCCUACAGACAAGGCACACGUAAUUCCCUUCCCAUGCAGCUUACGCUACGUGUCAAUAUUGGUCCAUCCUCUAUACAAAUACACGGAUUUCUCUCGUGGAAGCUUACGUUACAUGUCAUAUAUUGGUCCAUCCUCUAUACAAAUACACAGAUUUCUCUCCUCCAAUUCAGAAAAUAGAUAACACCGCUAAACCUAAACCCUAAACACCGGCCGGUAGCUAGCUAUAAAGCCAAAAAAAAAAAAAAAAAAAAGAGAGAGAGAGAGGAAAAAUUAAGAUAAAUGCCACAGAUGGAGAGGAAGCUGGAAACACCCAGUGAGAUAAAGAAUGAUCAGGAAAGCAAAACCGACCAUGAGGAACAACAGAAACACAGCAAGGAAAAAGAUGAGCAGAAGGAGGAAGACGACUCACUUCCUCUAAUGGCGUUGAACCACGUAUCGAGGCUGUGCAGAAAUGUGGAGCAGUCCGUGGAUUUCUACACCAAAGUGUUGGGGUUUGUCAAGAUUGAGAGGCCACCAGCUUUUGAUUUUGAUGGGGCUUGGUUGUUUAAUUAUGGAAUUGGGAUUCAUUUGGUGCAGUCUGAGGAUGAGGAGAGGCUUCCACCUAAUCAAGAUCACUUGGAUCCCAUGGACAACCAUAUCUCUUUCCAGUGUGAUGACAUGGAAGCCAUAGAGCGGAAGUUGAAGGACCUGGAUAUAUACUACAUAAAAAGAGCAGUAGAGGAUGGCGAAAACGGAACCACAAUCGACCAACUCUUCUUCAACGAUCCAGAUGGAUUCAUGGUUGAGAUGUGCAACUGUGAGAAUCUCAAGCUUGUUCCUGCAGGUUCCUUGGGCAGAAUAAAGCUCCCAGUUGAUAGGCAUACUCCGCCUGUUGAACUGAACCAAAACGACAGUGGCAGAGGCAAUGACAACGAUACUAAAUAAUUAAGUUGUUGAUGCUUCUUUUAAAUUAUCAACAUAUGCAUGCUAAUGUUAACUGUUAAGGGUAGCUUGGUUAGUUGGCAAUUUUCAUGGAGAUUUUUUUUCUUCUUUUGGGCUGGUUUGUUUGAAUGUGUUUCUAAAAGCAGUUAUGAACAAGCCAUAUAUUUCUUU